AUGGAUAGGAACACAUUUGCUAGGCUAUGCCUCUUGUUACGUGACCUAGGAGGAUUGACAGAUGGGAGAUACGUUAGGGUAGAGGAGCAAGUGGCAAUUUUUUUAUCCAUUUUAGCACACCACAAGAAGAAUCGAGUUGUUAGGUUUGAUUUCUUUUGGUCCAGUCAAACCGUUUCACGCUUUGUGCACGCCGUUUUGAAGGCGAUCUUGAAAUUGCAUGUUAUUUUGCUUGUCAAACCUGAGCCCGUACCAGAGGAUUGCACCGACAGUCGAUGGCGAUGGUUCAAGGGAUGUUUGGGUGCCCUUGAUGGUACUUACAUAAAUGUCAUGGUUCGAAAUGCUGAUAAACCAAGGUAUCGGACCAGGAAAGGGCAAAUUUCCACAAAUACUCUCGCUGUUUGUGACCGUAACCUAAAAUUCGUCUAUGUAUUACCGGGAUGGGAAGGCUCAGCAGCUGACUCUAGAAUAUUGCGCGAUGCCCUUUCUCGCGUGAAUGGCUUCAGGGUUCCUCGGGGUAACUACUACCUAUGUGAUAGUGGGUACGCCAACAGCGAUGGUUUCCUUGCACCGUACAAGGGAGUUAGAUAUCACCUAAAGGAAUGGGGGCCAAAUGCUGCAAGACCCCAAAAUGCGAUGGAAUUGUUCAACCUACGGCAUGCAAAAGUGAGGAAUGUAAUUGAGCGUGCAUUCAGAAUUAUGAAAAUGCGUUGGGGCAUUUUAAGGAGUACCUCCUUCUACCCAGUUAAGAUACAAAAUCGCCUAAUCAUGGCUUGUUUCAUACUCAACAAUUUCAUCCGGACCGAGAUGCCACUGGAUCCUAUAGAGCAGCAAUUUGAUUCCUCAAAUGGAAACGGUGCAGAGGAUGUUGAGCAAGACACUGAAUUUAUUGACGUCAUUGGUUCCUCACCUGCAUGGAAUGCCACGAGAGACGCUUUAUCUCUCGCGAUGUGGCAACAAUACUUAAACAAUGCUUGA